AUGGCUUAUUCUAGUUCAACACGGGACUUUGUUGCACUUUCAGAUCUGCAUCCAAAUCUUGCUCGUCCUAAUGUAAUCGGUGUGGUUAUUGGGAAAACAGAUGUCAGAGGCUUUCCAGACAGAAAAAACAUUGGUUCUGAAAGAUACACCUUCAGUUUUACUAUUCGUGAUUCACCGACUUAUUUUAUAAAUGUAAAUUCUUGGGGCAGAGAAGAAUAUAUUAGAUCACUUUCAGAAAGCUUUAGAGUUGGUGACUGUGUUACAAUUGAAAAUCCUUUAGUUCAGUCAAAGGAAGCGGAAAGGGAAGAAAAAUUCAACCCUGUAACUCCUAGUUGCUACAAAUUGUUGCUCAGUGAAAAUCAUUCAGUGGUCAAAACGUCUUCAUGUUAUGAAAUGGACACCAAACUACUUUCUCUGUUGCACCUGCCUGUCAAGGACCCUCAGGAUUAUUAUUCACUGGGUGAUAUCGUUGCAAAUGGACGAAGCCUCGAUGGAAGAAUCCUUAAUGUGCUUGCAGCUGUGAUGUCAGUUGGGGAGCCAAAGUAUUUUAUGACUUCAGACAAAAGAAAAGGUCAGAGGUGUGAAGUAAAGCUGUAUGAUGAAACAGAGAUGUCUUUUCCAAUAGUAUGUUGGGAUAAUGAAUCUAUCCAGCUUGCACAGAGUUGGAUCCCACGAGAAACAGUAAUAUUUGCAUCAGAUGUGAGAAUAAAUUUUGACAAAUUUAGGAACUGUAUGACUGCAACUGUGAUAUCAAAAACCAUCAUUACAACUAAUCCAGAAACAGCAGAAGCAAAUGUUCUCUUCAGCUUCAUAAAAGAGGGUGCACAAUCACGAGCUUGGCAUGAUAAAAUGGAGGAGCAGUCAAAAGAAUCCAUUAACUUGGAGACUAUAGUUGAUGUUUAUACUGUGGAACAGCUGAAAGAAAAAGCUUUACAGAGUGAUGGGAAACUUGAACCAGUCUAUGGCAUUAUUUAUGGCUACAUUUCUACACUGGACAUUGAUGAUAAUGCAUCUAAAGUUAUUCGCAACAGAUGUUCAAUAUGCCGUUUUAUAGUGAAUGAAACGUCAAACACAUGCACUUUCUGCAGUGACGUCUCUUCAGAUUCAAAGUCAACUUUUGCAAGCUUUGACGUACUUGUUGAUCUGACAGAUCACACAGGCACUCUUUAUUCUUGUUACCUGUCUGACUGUGUAGCUGAGGAAACAUUAGGCUGCACAGUCCAUGAAUUCCUCACUCUAGCAGAAGACAAGAAGACUGCAUUGAAAUGGCAACUUCUUUUGGAACGAAGCAAGAUUUAUUUUAAAGUUACUUUGUCACCCAGUUGGAGAACCGGACUGAAAGUGAAUGUUCUUUCAUGCAAACUGGCAGACCCUACAGAGGCGAGUCAGAGCUUGUUGGGAAAAGAGACUGGAAAUAAGAGAUUACACUAUUACUAACAGCUAGGAAAAAGACUUUCUUCACUGUAU